UGUUCUGCGGUUGAGAACACCUCGAUGACAUCACACAGGAGGUAGAACAAAACAAGACGUUGUAUUGGUUAUUAUGGUUACAGGUCUUAAUUACAACGUACAUGUGCACAUGUGUGUCGUUUAACAGAGUAAACGUCCUUAUUAAUUGUUUGUAUGCGGAUACAUUAGUCUGAGUGCACUUUGACGUGCUAGCCUAGCCUGCUGGUUAGCUUAGCUUGUUAGCUGCUAACAAAGAGAGGCGGAAGUGAUCGACACAUCAAAGCAGAGAUCCAAUGUAAGUGUAAAGUGUUUUUAUUGUGUGAAAAUGUCUACAUUACAAAUGAUGUGAGUGUUGCUGAAUCAGCGACUAACUGCUGCUGUUGAAGAAAUAUUUGUGAUGUUAGAAAAAAACAAAACGAUAGCAGAGUACAAGGAGGAACUUUGUCCAACAAAAGAGGAGAAGGAGCAACAACAUCAACUACUGGACGCUGUUUUCAAGAAACAUCAAGUUGUGUUACACAUCCAUCCGUCCAUCUUCUUCUGCUUAUCUGAGGUCGGGUUGCGGGGGCAGCAGCCUAAAAAGGGAAGCCCAGCCUUUCCUUUCCCCAGCCGCUUCCCGGGGGAUCCCGAGGCGUUCCCAGGCCAGCCAGUUUCUAACAUAAUAGUGAGAGUCCAGUCCAUAGUGGAGCCAGCCGGAGACCAUCCCGAUCGGAGACAGACGUCUGUGAAGAACAUCUUCACCCUGAGCAACAGAAGUGGAGCUUCAGGAUGCGAACGGAGGAGCCACAGCCCUCCCACAUUAAGAAGGAAGAGGAAUACCCACUUAUUCCCCAUUUUAAAGACAAAGAGAAGGACACGCUGACACCCCGAUAUAAAGAGGAAGAGGAGGAUCCACUGAGCCCUCAGAUUAAAGAGAAAGAGGAAGAGCACAGCAUCAGUCAGCAGGGAGAGCAUCUUGAAAGACUGGAGGCGGUUGAUGUCACCAAGAUGCCAGUGACUGGUGUCCCUGUGAAGAGUGAAGGAGAUGAGGUGAAAGGUGAAAGUGAGGAGAGGGGAGGGGGGGAGCCUCCAAGCAGCAGCUCAACACAACACAUGACAACAGAAGCUGAUGGAGACCACUGUGGAGGAUCACAAGCAGACAAGCUCUUAGCUCCACUAUCAGAUAGUGAGGACACAACGUCACACUCUCCUGACACUGAUGAUGAAGACUCUAAAGAUGAUAAGACAUGUCACACUGACAACACUCACUUCACAUCUUCUCACUCUCACAAAACAUUUAAAUUCCAUUGUCAUCUGAAAAGACACAUGAGAAUACACACUGGAGAAAAACCUUUUCCUUGCUCAGAAUGUGGUAGAGAUUUUAGACUAAAACAAAUGCUGAAAGAACACAUGAGAACACACACUGGAGAAAAACAUUUUUCAUGUUCAAUCUGCGGUAAAGAUUUUACUCAAAGGCCCCAUUUCAAAGGACACAUGAAAAUACACACUGGAGAAAAAACUUUUUCCUGCUCGGAAUGUGGUAAAAGUUUUGAAAGAAAUCAAAGUUUGAAAGUACGCAUGAGAACACACACACUGGUGAAAAACCUUUUUCAUGUUCAAUCUGCAGUAAAGAUUUUAAUCGAAGGGACAAUCUCACAGCGCACAUGAGAAUACACACUUGAGAAAAAACUAUUUCAUGUUCAAUAUGCGUUAAAGGUUUUACUCAAAGAUCCCAAUUCAAAACACACAUGAGAAUACACACUGGAGAAAAACCUUUUUCAUGUUCAAUCUGCGGUAAAGAUUUUACUCAAAGAUCCCAUUUCAAAGUACACAUGAGAAUACACACUGGAGAAAAACCUUUUUCCUGCUCAGAAUGUGGUAAAAGCUUUGUUAUAAAUCAUAGAUUUAAAGUACACAUGCUAACACACACUGGAGAAAAACCUUUUAUAUGUUCAGUAUGUGGUAAAAGUUAUAUAGAAAGACGACACUUAAAAUUACACAUGAUAAAGCACUCUGGUGAAAAACCAUACUCUCGUUCAAACUGCAACAAAAGCUUUCAUAAACGACAAGCUUGUACAGUACACAUGACAAGACACACAGGUGAGAAAGUGUUGAGUUGCAGUGUGUGUGGUGAAAGAUUGUCUUCUAAGUACCAGUGUAAGAAACACAAGUGUGCUGGUGAGAACAGCAGCAGCAAAUGAAACUGCAGGAUUUGAAAUAAAUUGUCAAGACUUUCAUUUUGAUUUUCUAACAACAUCAGCACAUAUAACAUGUGUGACAUCAUUGUUGUGUGUGUAACACAAUCUUGUUUAUAUGAUUCUAACGUUUAUAGAUUAGACACUUCAGAUUAGUGUGUUUAUUUCAGUCAAGUACAUGAGUUAAUAUACACGUUUGUGUACUUUGAAAUGAACAGAACAAUUUGACUGAAAAGGUGAGAAUAAACAGUACAUACAAUAUGUUGCACAUAAUAAAUAUUUUAAGUGUAGAUAUUCACAAUUCACUUUAAUACUUAUUCAUAAUAGUGUUUUAUAUGUUUUUUGAAAUAAUCACGUGUUACAUAUUUUGUUUUCUAAUUGUAGAUGAUUCCAUAGAUGAACUCCUUUAUAUGAUGUACAUAUUUGUUUUACAUGUGUUCAUACCUUUGCUUUUGAGUACACAUAAAUCCCUCUUAGUUCAUAUUUACUGGUUCACAUCUGAAACAUCUUCUGGACCACUUCUGGAAGCAUAUUAUUAUUUACUUUAUACAUCAUUUGAACAGUUGUCUUUUAUACAAUUUUAAAAUGUGUGACUUUAUGAAUCAUUUGUUGGGUAUCUGUAAUCCAUUUUAUGAAUAGUCUUUACUACUCUCUUGUGUAAUAUGAUGAUUGUUGUGUGAUUGUUUUAUAUGUAUGUCCCCAGACCGUUAUGCAAUAAACAAUGUAUGCUUCCACUAAA